AAACAUACAACACUAUACACGGCACUAUACGUUAUUAAUGGUCGUUUACAGUGUCAUUUCACGUAUAUUCACUUACUUGGCUUAGUGAAGGCUAUGUUUAGGCCUGUAGCUUAAUUAAAUCUAACUCGGAAUUCAAUUAGGCUUUUGUGUGCAUCACUGAGCUUGCGUAGGGCCCUCGCUCGCUCGGCGCGACAGGAAAUGGGGGAAUGACUGUUGCUUCUGCUGAAUUUGUGAGAGGGAGGGAAAUGGGCUAAAUAAGGCGUAUUACGACGAAUUCAGCCGAUCAUCUUCUAAAAUCCCUCCAGGCGCAAAUUUGGACGUAUUGUCACGUUGUUGCCUUUCAUCUGUCUGUCGUUGCUUUCUCUUUUGCCUAUUGUCUUGCUGCUGCACAUUGCGGAAGAUUGCACAGCACACCCUUAUCCCCGCCUAAGGUUGCGUAAAAGUGUGACGAGACACCAUGAGCGACGACCAACCUCAAGUUGAACUCUUUGUGAAGGCUGGCAGCGAUGGCCAGAGCAUCGGCAACUGUCCAUUCUCCCAGCGACUCUUCAUGGUGCUGUGGCUGAAAGGGGUCACCUUCAACGUCACCACCGUAGACAUGAGGAGAAAGCCAGAGAUCCUGAAAGACCUGGCCCCCGGUGCUCAGCCGCCCUUCCUGCUGUAUGGGACGGAGGUGAAGACCGACACCAACAAGAUCGAGGAGUUCCUGGAGGACAACCUCUGCCCCCCAAAGUACCCCCGGCUAGCAGCCCACAACCCAGAAUCUAACGGCGCCGGUGUGGACGUCUUUGCCAAGUUCUCUGCCUACGUCAAGAACUCCAACCCUGGUCUGAAUGAUAAUCUCGAGAAAGGCCUACUGAAGGCGCUGAAGAAGUUAGACGACUACCUUGGCUCUCCACUUCCUGACGAAAUUGAUGAGAACAGCGCAGAUGAGGUCACAUCCUCUUCACGCCCCUUCCUCGACGGUCAAGACCUCACUCUGGCAGACUGCAACCUGCUUCCUAAGCUGCACAUUGUCAAGGUGGUGUGUUUGAAAUACAGAAACUUCUCCAUCCCGCGUUCCCUGGCCAACCUGUGGCGGUACUUGGACGCGGCGUACGCCAGAGAAGAGUUCUCCUCCACUUGCCCCACCGACCCCGAGAUCCACUUCGCUUAUGCCUCAGUGGCCAAAGCUCUCAAGUAGGCUGAAGAUGGGAUCAGACAGGACACAGAAACACACACACACACACACACAAACACACACACACUAAAAUAUACACACAUAAUAACAACCCCUUACUCACUCAUAUAUUUGUACAUAGACAUAAAUUUUAAAAACUUCAAAGGUCUAACAAAGGCAGGUCUAACAAAGGGGACACAUUUCAGAUCUCAUGUGCAGGGCUCAAUUGAAAAUGUGUUUUGCAUGUGAAGGCUAUUUUAUAUGCUACACACACACACACACACACACACACACCUACAGAUAAUGUGUAAUGUAUAUUUCUCGGUUCAUUUGUUUAUGUCAUGUAAAUCAUUUGCCAGUCUAAUUUCUCUCUCUCUCCACUAAAGUACUAAAGAGAGAAGGGACUUCCCUCCUGGUCCAGGCGUCUCAGGUCAAGCAAAUCUCACUUUCACUUUCAUAGACUUGUGUAAGCAUAGCUCGGGCUUAAUCUAACAGUGCAUGGCCAGCUCUAAAUGACUAUUGCGUUUCCUGGAUUGUUUGUCAAAUGUGUCCUUGGUGUAACCUUUGAAGACACAUAUUUUGUCUAAUGUUUUAAAAACAAGGUCAUUCAUAUCAUUUCCCUGUAUGCAAAUGAAGAUAUUUGUCAAUGUCCUUGAGAACCAGGCAUACGGGUCAGGCAUGUGCACACGCCUAUUCAUAAGCAGGAACACACACACACACACAGACACACACAAACAUGGAAACUCUUUGUUGCAAGUUUGUAGCCUACACACCGUGAUGCAUAGGACCUCUUUCACUUCCUAUUUGUGUAGUGUAGGUGUUUAUUUAUUCACAUCUGCUGGUUAAAGCAGUUAGCGCUCCUAAACUGGUCCCUAGGAAGAAGGCAAAGGCUAACGCUAGCCGCUUAUGAUGGGGCGUAACCAUGAGCAGGCAACCACAGGAAGCUAUUGCCACAGACCUUGGCUUCCUUUUUCUGUUCUCUAAACCUCACCCCAUUCUCUGUCAAAUGGCAGUGAAGGACUAUUCAUGCAUAAACAACUUUUAAUGCAUAUUUCAGAUGUCAGUCAAUCAAACCAUACACAUGACAAGAGCAAAAACUAAUAGCUUAGUGUGCAAGCAAGGGCCCCUACCGUAAAUAUUCCAUCCAAUCUAGUUAGCUUAAUAGGCUAAAAACCCUUCAAUCCCCUGCCUCUCCUUACUACCUAGACACACUGUUAGGUGCCUUUAGAUUAACCCUGAAGCUGGAACUGUGCCAGUGACUCAGAGUGUCUGUUGCUUUUUUUAAACUGGCGUAGCUGUCCAAUGAGUGAUUUGCAGGUCUUUACCGUUAAGGACGGUUGUGACUAGAUAUAACCCCCUCCCAUCAGGUAAAUAUAAAGGUCUUUGGAAGCAGUAUCACCUAAGUGCACCUCACAACAUCAUUAUGGAAGAAGGUUUUGAAGUUUGUGACAAUUGCCUCUACUUUUUUAUCUUGUGUGUGUGUUUGCACUGAUUUGAAAUGGGAGGUGUAUUUGUCAGUUUAAGUUUAAAAUGUUAAAAUUGGUUUAAGCCUUUUGCUUGUUUGAUGCACCAUUCCAAGUAGCCAAUUUUUACCAAUGAAAUCAUGACUGAAUUAAAUUAUUAUUUAAUAUAUCUUACAAGCAAGAGUAGCCAACAUGCACAAAUGGACCAAGGUCUGAUAAAAAAAAGAAGCAAGGUGUCUUAUAUGAAGUGGCCUCAAUUGUAUUUUUUAAAGGACCAAGUUGCUUUUGAGGCGUAAUAACUGUAUUUGUUAGUACUAUUUUACACAUUUUAGAUGAUAUCAGGGACUCAUAUCAAUGGCAUACACAAACACAGUUGUACUGCAUUGAAUUAGUAUGCUGUAACAUAGGUAUAUGUGAUGGAUGGCCUGUUGACAAUCAAACUCUUGUUUCUAACAUUUUUUAUAUGAUCAGAUUAAUGUAGCUUUUUCAUGUGAGGAAAUUUCAAAAUAAAAACUUUUUGGAGGAAAAACAU